UCCUGCCUUACAAACUCUUCAUUUCUUUCUUUCUUAUUAGCUCAGAAUUCACUCCUUCACAAACUAAGCUAAGCUAAUCAAGAAAAAAAAAAAAGAAAAACAAAAUAAAAUGGCUUCACUAUCAGCAGUUUCAAUGGCAACACCAAUCACAACAACAACCAAGACUAACUUCUUCAGCCCAUUACCCAUUAAGCCACAAAGGGCUGCGUUGAUGGGCCAGAAGCCCAGAGCAAUGGGCCUUAAAGUCCAGGCUUCAUUGAAGGAGAAGGCUGUUACUGGGCUUACAGCGGCGGCUCUUACGGCAUCGAUGAUGGUUCCGGAUGUAGCCGAAGCGGCUGAGUUAUCGCCUUCUUUGAAGAAUUUCUUGUUGAGUAUUGCUGCUGGUGGAGUUGUGCUCACUGCUAUUGUUGGGGCUGUUGUUGCCGUCUCCAACUUCGACCCUGUCAAACGAGUAUAAUUAUUAUAUUAUUAUUAGUUGUUUACUUUUUUUUUUUUAUUAUUAUUAAAUUGUGCUAGUUUUGUAAUUUCAUGUGUAUUGUCAUUUCGAUCAAUCUCACCAUUUCUUCUCCCCCCUUCAUAUAAUUUCAUAUGCUUUUGAUGUAACAACUUAUUUUGUUAUGUCGAAUUGACAUUUGAUCGCGGUUCAAUUUCGUGCGUAAUUCAUACUUGUCAAGUUAAUUAUA